AUGGCAUAUGAUCGGUAUGUGGCUAUUUGCAAUCCAUUACGUUAUGAGAUGGUAAUUAACAGGCAGGUCUGCAUUGAAAUGAUUGUUGGGGUAUGGAUAGCUGUUUCUCUCUAUGCGGGGAUACACACCUGUGGAACUUUUGCAACCCAUUUCUGCUCUAAUGAUGUAAAUCAAUUCUUCUGUGAAAUACCACAGCUAAUAAAAUUGUCUUGUUCUGACUUAAAUCUAAUAGAAAUGAGCAGUAGUGGGAUUAGCGUUUUCCUUACACUAGGCUGUUUUAUCUAUAUCAUUGUAACUUAUGUGCAUAUUUUCAAGAGUAUUUUAAGAGUGCCUUCUGCAAAGGGGAGGCAAAAGGCUUUCUCCACUUGCAUUCCCCACCUCAUUGUCUGCUCCAUAUUUAUACUCACUGGAUCAUUUGCCUACCUGAAUCCUGCCUCUCAUACCCCAUCACAGCUGGAUUUGUUAUUUGGUGUAAUCUAUUCCUUGGUUCCACCCUUAUUAAAUCCAGUGAUUUAUAGUAUAAGAAACAAGGAGAUCAAGAAAGCAAUGGGAAAGGUUUUAGGUUUUAGGGACUUUUCUUUAAAUACAUGA